UUGUCUCUCCCUAAAACCUCUACAAAACCCUCACUCUUUCCACGUUAAGCAAAGCCCUGAGACCCGAAAUGACCCUCAAUCGUCUCCUCCGUCUUCCAAAGCCGCCACCGCCGCCACCGUUUCACUCCCUCUAUAACGGAAUACCCAAAUCAACAAGAUGGAGCUCUUCUUCCGCAAUCACCGGUGCCCAGAAGCCACCCAACUCGGAGGAUCAAGGAGCUCCGGCCACCGUGGAGGAGUCGGAUAACAAAUGUGUGGGGAGGCAUUCAGGGUCCUUUCUUGAUUCAAUCAACUCGUGGCGUACUCUGAAAGGCUUUCUUACUAAUAUAAGUGCAAAGAUUGGAGCUCCCGAAUCUCAGAAGCAGGCCACUGUCAAGAUGAUUGCUUCUGCAGAUAAUGAGACAGCUUCUGAGGUUAUUAAGACAAAGGAUAGUCCACAAGAUGCUGAAAUUGGCCAGCUGAAUGAUAGUGUUCCAAUGCCAAAAGUCAUAACAGACUCUCAGAGCUGCAAGCAGAAUUUUCCAACAGGUUUAAGAUCCGACGUAGUUGGAGAGAACUCUUUAUCUGGUCAGGUUGCGCCUAAUGGUAAAAGGGUACAUGGACAUCGUAAAGAUGUUGAACAUGAUAGUAAAGUUUCUCUCCAAUUCCUGGAAUCCCUAAUCAAUUCUCACAGCAAUGAGAAAUGGGUUACAGAAGCUGGUGCUUCUAAUAUAAUACGUAAAAAAUCUUACAAGAAUAUAGGUCAAUCAGGAGACAAGACUGAGUCACACAAGCAACUUGAGCUUCUGUCUGCCUUUACACAUAAGCUAUCAGGUGAAGCUUCUAGGAUACCGCAAGAGGAUAUUGGAAAUGCAUAUACUGUAAUUGCAAAUGGAAACCCUCAACCUGGCAAAAGAACGAUAUUCUAUCAAUCACCUAUUCCAGGUUCUGAUGAGGGUAAGAUGCCUUCAUCGUCUAGUGGUCCCCAGCAAGUGCAGGGGUCAACUGACAUGAGUGACAUGUUUAGGAAGACAAAGAAUGGUAAAAAAGCUAAUGUUAUUACCAGUAAAAAGAGCGGUACUGUGGCGAAUGGAGUUUUGGAUCGUUCAAAUAAAAGAAAUAAUGAAACAGGUCAAGCAAAUACAGGACAUGAAUAUGGCAUCAAUAACUUGAUGGGGUGCAUUGUGGACAUCGGUAUGCUUCAAAAUCAUACAACUCCCAACAAUACCAGCUUUGUGAAAGAGGUACGUUCUGUUAAAAAGGUUCGAAGCCACACCAAUGUGCAAGAGAAUGAUGCUAAACGAAAAGAAAGGUCGCUGAGAGUUCAUGCUAUAGGAAAGGAAAGUGUUAUGGAUGACUUAUAUGAGGUCCUAGAUGCUUCCUGCCAAAAAGAAGAAUCUACAGAAAGCAAGGUGUUGGUUAGAUUUUUGCCCAAAUUUGUACAGGAGAGUGCUAUUUCUAAGGCCUUUGAUGAAUGUGGAUGUAUCACGAAGAUACAACUACUUCCGUUAAUUGAAGGAAGCAUUUUCAGAGAUGCGUAUGUGCAUUUUGAGACUAAGGAAGGAUUGCAUAAAGCUCUCAGGAAAAACGGAGUUGCUAUAGAGGGUAUUGUUGUCGCUGUGGAAGCAACUUCUUUAGAAAAUGUGCCUAAUACGAUUCCCAUUCCUAGUCUGAUUGGUGAUCCUGAAGUUCCUCUCGUGUUAGUAAAAAAUCCCACACACACAGUGAUGAUCAAACAGUUGAGCCAUGAUAUAAGCUCACAUCAGCUGAAAGAAGCUCUUUCCUUCUGCGGGAGUAGCAUAUCCAGCAUUUUCUUGGGUUCAUCAAGCACUGUUGUUUAUGUGGAGUUUGAGACAGAAGAUGCCAAAGAGAGAGCUAUUGCAGCAUAUGCCAUAAAUGUUCAAGGAAAGCAGCUAUUGAUCUUCAGAAUUGAUGUGCCAAGAACAACAGUAAUAAGGAUAACAAGUGUUGAUGAUACACUAUUUUCUACUAAAAUGUUGGUCAGCAAAAUCCUGUCAAUUUGUGGUUCUUAUGGGGAGGUGGGCAGAAGCAAGUUGAGAAGCAUGGGUGUUCUGGAUGUGUAUUUCAAGCUUGCUGAAUGGCCAAAUAUGUUGAGUAUUCUCAACAGGUUGAAUGGAACGGCAGUUUAUGGCCAACGAUUGAUUGCUCAACCUGCACCUAUUUUUCCUCCGGCGAUCCUUCAUGUUCUUUGGAGUAAGCCAGAUGAAAGAAUAUAUGUCAAAUCUGUUCUGCGCAGAUUGUUGCAGAACAAUGAACUACCUGUUGAUCUCAGUGAUCUUGCUACAAAAUACCAUGGUGAUAAAUAUCUUGUAUGACUUUCCUUUCAUUUUUCACCCUCUGCAGCCCCAAUUGAUAGUUAAAUUCAGUAGAGUAGCUAACUCUGAAGCCGUAGAUUGUGUCCUAUUUUAUGCUUUCCGUAACAAAGAACAGUGCAUCAGAGUCCCAGAUACUAAGCAAUACAGUUAUCUUUUCCUUAAGUCCAUACAGUUU